AUGAGACGACGACAAUAUAAAGCAGCACAACAGCCCUCAAAACAUUGACAUUUCUAACAGUCACAAUACCUGCUGCAAUUUUAUUCAUAUAAAUGGCUAACAACGCAAUUGGAGUUGCCCUGCUGGGGUCAACCGGAUUAGUGGGCUCACAUAUAUUGACUAACCUACUGACUCAUUCAUCUGUGGCCCGAGUUGACACAAUAUCACGCAGAACACCUUCAGCUGCUGAAUCAAGUCCCAAUGUCAAACUGACCACAGUCAUCGAAACCGACACUUCUAGCUGGCCGAGUAAAAUAUCUCAACUAUCUCCUCCGCCCACGAUCUUCUUCUCAGCAUUAGGCACAACCCGGAGCCAAGCCGGUGGGCUCGAAAAUCAAUCCAAGCUCGAACUCGAUACCAACAUCGAAUGUGCCAAAGCAGCUCGUGACGCAGGCGCAAAAGUGUACGUUCUCAUUUCAAGCAACGGCGCGAAUUCGGCGUCUAUGGUGCCGUAUCUGAAGUUAAAAGGUCAGAUUGAAGAAGCUGCGAAGCAGUUAGGAUUUGAGCAUACGGUAUUUGUACGACCGGGUAUUAUUGUUGGUGAGCGGGGGGAGAGCCGCCCGGCGGAGGCAGUUAUGCGGUUUCUUGCUACUUCAGUCGGCAAGAUACAUUCGUCGCUUAAGGAUGGGUGGGCGCAGGAUGCGGAUGCUAUUUCAAAGGCUAGUUUAGCUGCUGGACUGAAGUCUCUUGCUGGGGAGGCUCCUGCCGAAAGUGAGAAGGUUUGGAUUGUCGACCAGGCUGAAAUUAUCCGUUUAGCACGGGAGGAGUGAUCGUGGAUACAACCGUUUUCGUUUUUGUGAUAUCAAAUAUGACAUUUGAUUGUCUCAAUACAUACUUGAGCUCCAUGUAUAUUGAAAUGUAGUCAACUAACAGUACAGUAUAAUGAUAUGAAUUCGCAAUCAAAUUUCGAGACAACGAAAUCUUGACCGAUUACCAACGUAGAAGGCAGAUUGAACGCCGAUUUCAUGCAAUUUGCGAGUCUUCCACUUCCUAUCCAAUCAUUUAUCUUGAUUCACUGGCUUGCUCUUCCGAGUCCACCCUCUAGAACUUGCAGGCCUAUCCGCACCGCUCUCCGGAGGAUCCUUUGAAGGAUCGCGAGUCUUGUUAACUUCUAUAUUACCGGGACUGACAUCAAGUGGAUUGCUCGUAUCCUUCCGUGCCUCAGACUCUCUACCAGUAGCCUCAAUCUCAGACUCGGGCGCCGUAUUGUGCGGAUCAAAGGAUGCAUCGUGGCUGGCUACCUCGUCAUCCGUGCCAGUGCCUGUACUUUCUGCCCUUGAAGGGUUGAGAGAUUCCCGGCUGAUUAGACGAUCUGCAUUCUGCUCGUGUUGGGCUGUCCAAAGCAUUGAGGUUGUCUGAAUGUUUCGACGUGAUGGUGGUGCAAGUUGCGACGCAGCUGUUGUCGCAUAUGUGAUCGUCACAUUUUGGUUUGGCAGAGCUCGUUUGAGUACGAGUUCGGCGUUGUUAAGUAGGGCUUUUUGGCGAAGUGCAGAAUGCAUGAUGGGCUCAAUUGAGUCGAUUUGGAUUUAAUUUGCCUUGGUAGGAGUGAUAAGGAAGUUAUGAACCUGUAAUUAUAU